GAAAACAUUCUCAUCUCCAGAACAGCUAUAAUUAAUUUUAAUGAAACCUUAAUCGAAAUUAACAGAAACGAAAAACGUCUUAACGACAUUAUCGAAAAUUUGACGUCACAUAUUAACAAUAUGACAAUUAUCACGAAUUCAAUACUGGCCAAGACCGCUAUGCAAGAACUGUUUAGUGCGCUCCAAUCAAGUUUGUUAAGUUUAUCUUACAGAUUAGAGGACAUUGUAAACUCUAUUUUGUUUGCAAAAACCAAUACAUUACAUCCAUCCAUCAUAACACCGAAGGAUCUUUAUAAUGAAUUGGUUACCAAUGUAAAACACUUACCUAAAUUCUCAGAAUUCCCUGUAAAUUUGGAAUUGUACAAUAUACAUAUAAUAAUCAAACUGUCAGAAAUUAUAUCAUGUAUCUUAGACAAUAAGCUAGUAUAUACAAUUAAGAUUCCUCUAGUUUUAAUUUCUCCUUUCAAUUUAUACAAAGUUAUUCCAAUCCCUGUAGCUCAUAAUUUUGAAACACCUAGCUCAUUUGCCCUAAUUGUACCGUCGGCAUCCUAUAUUGCUAUGAGCAGGGACAAAUCGGAAUAUUGUAUCUUUAAUGAUUUGAAUAGAAAUUGUAACCUAAUAGUUAAGAAUUCAUAUAUAUGUCAUGAAGUUGCUAAAUUUAAUAUUAUGAAUGAGCCGAUAUGUGAAACGGAAAUAAUUACUAAAGUCAUACAUUCACUUCCAAAUGAAUGCAAAAUUAAUUUUAUCUCAGGUAUUGUUCAUAUUUGGCAAAACAUUGGAAAUAACCAAUGGGUUUUUACACAUUCUGAACCAACAAAGUUGCACAUUGACUGUGAAAAUGAAAACUUUGAUACCAUUCUACUUGGCACAGGGAUAGUAACCCUAAAACCAAGAUGUAAUGGUUAUUGUAAAAAUACAAAGCUUAUUGGCACAACCAAUCUCACUAUUAAAAUAAAUAAAAUAUUUUCAGACUUUAAUUUAAUUAAUGACACUUGCUGUAACCUAACAACGUUUAAUAAAUUAAACUUUACCUUACCCUUAAGAUCCCCUUACUCUCAAAUCAAUUCUGACAAUUUUAUGAAAUUAAACAUCAGAGCAAAUGACGCUCUAACCCUAAUAAAGGAAUUAGAUUCCCGAAUUAACACCGAAUCCAUACCGACUCAUUCUAUUAUUUCAUAUGUUUUUAUAAGUUUUUGUAUACUAUUUAUAAUUUACUAUUUUUGUAAUAAGAGAUGUUCAACCUUUUAUUCAAAAUACAGGGUAACCUCUACCCCUACUAAUACAGAUAACCCGGAUAGUAAUAAUGAUAUUCCUCUUUCUCAACCACGCUUAAGAAUUGUUUAAGUUAGUAAACUUCGCCUUUAAAACGCGUAAGUUUACACUUAACCGGGGGGCUGUUACAUCCCUCAACUGCUAGCUAAACAGCUGACCCAGCAGCUACUCUAUCUCGACCAGGUGUCAGAUCGGGUAAGCUGCCGUCAGUCCGGUCCGACAACUCGUAAAGGUUGCACGUCUAUUACUAUUUCUUUGGAAACCCAAGUAUUUUUCCCAGUGUACUAAAAUUCAUUAUAUUAUUCUGUGUAAAAACAAUUUUAUUUUUUUUAAAAACCCUGUCGGAUUU